AUGAUUUCAGGAAUCGCGCACGUCAACAUCACUGUGCACCCGGGGACGUUGCCCCAGGCGGAGGACUUCUACGUUAAGACAUUGGGCCUAGUACUGGCGCCUGUACCAGAGUUACAAAGGGGCACUAUUCUGUGGUUCAACAUCGGCUUCAGCGGACAACAAAUCCACGUUACUGAAGGCCCAACCGAUCCAGAGCACUCACGACACCCUUGCUUUAAACUCCCGUCUCUGGAUGAGCUAGAGGAGAUUAAGAAGUCAAUUUAUGAUCACAAGAUGCGCGGGGGCCCGGCGGCGCCGAUGGCUGCUGACAAGCCCGGGGAAGCGGAUUCGGGUAGGAAGGGAAAGGAAUAUCCGAAGCGAUUCUUUGCGCGGGAUUAUGCGGGUAAUUUGCUGGAAUUUACUCUCUAA